GGGAACCCGUGUUUCCAGGAUGACCACCGAACCAAGAAUCUUCAGUCUAGGGAACCCAAACAAUAGAAGUGGUUGCCAUCGGACCCCUUAACCAGGUGAAGCAAGAAGUCCUUCAGUAAGAAAAAUCCGACUUCGGUCUGCCGUAGUACCUUGUUAACCAUAUAUGGACUGCUUUGAAAACUAGCCAAUCAGCUUGUGCCAAGUUUGAAUUUUCCCUAACUCCUUCAAUUUUGCCCCAAACCGCGGCGCGGAGAGACAGGUUUCAGCCCAGUUUCCUGUCUCCUUGCUGGUCGACCUCGCAACAAAGCUCUUUCUUUUCUCGAAAGCUGAUGCCAUAGUAUUUGCUUCUAUGCGCCCCAGGCAGUGAGCCCUUACUCCACAAGAAUUUUUGGCGAUCGCAAACGGACUAAGGCCGUGUGGUCUUCUGGCUGAGGCCCUGUAUCCCCGGGCUGGGUGUAGGUCCUCGCCACCGACCCUGAGUGGACACCUAGACGCGAUUUGUCUAGAGGCUCGGCUGUCGGGUUGCUGCUUCCAGCCGCAGAGGCGCUCCAGGCUCCUCCGCGCUCCUUUCACUUUUGGGGAAAGAAACAGCUCCUGGAUCUUUUGGCUGUCGCGUGGAAUGUCAUGGCCAGCUCCUCAGACAGCGAAGAUGACAGUUUCAUGGCUGUGGACCAGGAGGAAACCGUGCUGGAAGGGACGAUGGAGCCAGAUGAGGAGCCCCGCGCGGCGCUGGAGGCUGAGGAGACUCGACAUAACAGGUCCAUGUCUGAGCUGCCAGAAGAAGUUUUGGAGUAUAUCCUCUCCUUCCUCUCCCCAUACCAGGAGCACAAAACUGCGGCCCUUGUCUGCAAGCAGUGGUACCGGCUUAUUAAAGGUGUAGCCCACCAGUGUUACCAUGGUUUCAUAAAGGCUGUUCAGGAAGGGAACAUCCAGUGGGAGAGUCGGACAUACCCUUAUCCCGGGACCCCCAUCACCCAGCGGUUCUCACACAGUGCGUGCUAUUAUGAUGCUAAUCAGUCUAUGUAUGUGUUUGGAGGCUGUACCCAGAGCAGUUGCAAUGCUGCCUUCAAUGACCUCUGGAGACUUGACCUAAAUAGCAAAGAGUGGAUCCGACCUUUGGCUUCAGGGUCCUAUCCUUCCCCCAAAGCUGGAGCGACUCUGGUUGUAUACAAGGACCUGCUGGUGCUGUUUGGUGGCUGGACACGGCCAAGCCCUUACCCCCUGCACCAACCAGAGAGGUUCUUUGAUGAAAUACAUACUUAUUCACCCUCUAAAAACUGGUGGAACUGCAUUGUGACCACCCACGGCCCACCUCCCAUGGCUGGGCAUUCCUCUUGUGUGAUAGACGAUAAAAUGAUCGUCUUUGGUGGCUCCCUGGGAUCCCGGCAGAUGAGCAGCGACGUCUGGGUCCUAGACCUGGAGCAGUGGGCGUGGUCCAAGCCCAGCAUCUCUGGGCCCAGUCCUCAUCCCCGAGGCGGCCAGUCUCAGAUCGUCAUAGAUGAUGCAACUAUUUUAAUCCUUGGAGGGUGUGGCGGUCCCAAUGCUCUGUUCAAGGAUGCUUGGUUGCUGCACAUGCACUCAGGCCCCUGGGCCUGGCAGCCGCUCAAGGUGGAGAAUGAAGACCACGGGGCCCCAGAACUCUGGUGCCAUCCAGCUUGCCGGGUCGGGCAGUGUGUGGUCGUCUUCAGCCAGGCACCUAGUGGGCGAGCACCGCUUAGCCCCAGCUUGAACUCCCGCCCAUCCCCUAUCAGUGCCACCCCUCCAGCCCUGGUUCCCGAAACCCGAGAAUACCGCUCGCAGUCUCCCGUGAGGAGCAUGGAUGAAGCGCCCUGUGUUAACGGCCGCUGGGGAACACUGAGGCCCAGAGCGCAAAGGCAGACCCCCUCAAGUUCCCGAGAAGGAAGCCUUUCCCCGGCCAGGGGCGACGGCUCGCCCAUCCUGAACGGGGGGACUGUAUCUCCGGGGUCGGCCGCUGUAAGUGGCUCUUCCUUGGACAGCCCCGUGCAGGCUGUGUCUCCGAGCACCCCGUCUACCACCGAAGGAUACGACCUGAAAAUGGGGCUGUCCCUGGCCCCUCGACGAGGAUCACUGCCUGAUCAGAAAGAUCUAAGGUUAGGAUCAAUAGAUCUGACUUGGGACCUGAAACCUGCUUCCAGUGGCAAUCACGUGGACGGCAUGGACAGCAGGACAGCGGGGGGAGGCUUGCGACACCCUCCCGAGCAGACGAACGGUGUGCACACCCCGCCGCACGUGGCGAGCACCCUCGCGGGAGCAGUCUCCCCAGGCACCCUGCGCCGCAGCCUGGAAGCUAUCAAAGCGAUGUCGUCCAAAGGCCCCCCCGCCUCUGCAGCACUGAGCCCUCCCCUGGGGUCUUCUCCGGGCUCCCCUGGGAGCCAGAACCUGGGCAGCGGAGAAGCAGUGCCUGUCCCCCGCCCGGGGCCCGCACAGGGGGACGGACACGCCCUGCCCCCCAUCGCCCGCCGCCUGGGCCACCACCCCCCGCAGUCCCUGAAUGUGGGCAAGCCCUUGUACCAGAGCAUGAACUGCAAGCCCAUGCAGAUGUACGUGCUGGACAUCAAGGACACCAAGGAGAAGGGGCGCGUCAAGUGGAAAGUAUUUAAUAGCAGCUCUGUGGUCGGACCUCCCGAAACCAGCCUGCAUACAGUGGUACAAGGCAGGGGUGAACUCAUCAUAUUUGGAGGACUCAUGGACAAGAAACAGAAUGUGAAAUACUAUCCAAAAACAAACGCCUUGUACUUUGUGCGAGCAAAGAGAUAAUAUGUUCUAAAACCUUUCCCCUUUCUGUGGCUUUUAAUUUGGAAUUUUCCAGCGUGCAAGCAUUUGGACUGAGAAUUGAGAAAACAGAGGACAAAAAUCACUCUCAUAAACCAAACCCCAGUUCCCAGCCUCACCCACUCCAGGCUGGGAUCAAAUCUCCAUUAAGAAAAAAAAAUUAUAUAAAUCUGAAUAAAAAGAAAUAUUAUAUAGCCAACUCUGUUCACAAAGAGGGAGAGAGCUCCGUCCUGGUUCAGAUAAAAUUGUUGCUGUGUUUUAGCAGAGGCUCUGCCGCCUUUUUCUACUUUUCUGGUAACUAGACCAAGAAUUUAGGGAACAGAUUAAUGCCAGAACCUUCCUACAGAAACUGAAGAGCCACCUGUAAAUCCUACUUGGCCUUCUCAGAGCUAGAUACAGAAAGGGCAUGCGUGCAGUGCACGGGCAGGGGUUUCAGAUUCACAGGCUUUCGGUGCUGGCGGGUAAAGUGACGUGUAGACACCUGCUCUCUGCCCGCAGAGGACCUGAGACCGCUGUUGUCUGCCGUGGUGCCCUCUGCCCAGCCCUCUUCUGCCCACUGGGACUGAGGAAAGUUACCCAGCGGGGAUCUGCUCCACGUAUGUGCCAGGGUCGUCAUGAAACAACGUUCACGCAGAAGCACCUAUUUGCGUGCUCCCUCCAUGUCUUAGAAAACACUCUGGGGUCUGAUUGUGGAAUUUUCUAAUAAUCAUAUUUCAUCACAGUUUCCAAAAUCCGUAUUUAUUCUCUUUUUCUUUCCCUUAAAACCUGACACUUGGAGGCCUCCUUUUCUGUUUACAGCUGCUGUUCUCCCCGCCUCCCUCCCCCACCUCCUUUUUCUUUACCAUGUGAAAAUUUUUUAAGCCCUAAAACCUUUCUCACUUUCUUUUACUAAGUUUGGGUGUCUAGAGAAAUCUCUUAAAAAUAUUUCUGAAACCCUGUUUCUCAAGUCACUAGGGGACCAGCAGGGAGUUCUGAGAUACCAGUAUCAUGAGAAAUCCUUGAUGCGUCAGAAGGUACUGUGGGCUUCUUUUUAUUUCCAAAGCACAUUGGACACACCCAUCCAUGUUUAUAGAACGUGGAAAUUGAUCUUGGAAGAGCAGUUCCUUCUAGAAUGGUUUUCGCCCUUGCUUGUGGCAUGCAUUCUUCUGCCUGGCUGUUGACUGGUGCUUGGGUUCUCUGAAGCAUGGCUGACCUCAGGGGCGGUUCUUUCUUUGUCUUGUUCACCUGUCACCCAAACAAGGCUUGGGUUUUCACUUUCAUGUCAUUUCCGAGGUAACAUUUCCAACCAGAGCAGUGUUGGUGGGGUAGGGGGCGGGGGGCUGACACGGGAAAUUAUGUUACCAGUCUCUAAACCAUGACCUGGAUAAACAUGCAUCAGCACCACUUAAGUGUGGAUCAUUUUGGAGACUUCUCAUCAGAAGAGCGUUAUCUUGCCUGCAGGUCUUGAUUUUGUUUCUCAGCCCCGCUCUCCUCGUUUUCUUGUCCACAUUUCCCGAGCCGAAGCAUGCUGCAGCUGGCCCUGGGUCCUGGCGCCCAGCCAGCUCUCAGCAGCCUGUCUGAUAAGCCUGCUUUCUCCUGUUACAUCAUGUUAAACCCUUUCCCCGAGCCAUUAGCUUUUACAAUGUGGUCUUGGUGGGAAAGCGCCCUUGGUGCCAAGCCCAGGAAAGGGCCAGCUCGCGGGGAGGGGUACGUGCUCCAGAGGCCGCUCCGCGUGCUCCCCGGCCGAGGAGCCUGCCGUGUGCCUACUUAGUGUGGUGUCCAGCUGCUCUCAGCUCAGCAGUUAGCUUUCCAGACUCUACUCUGGGCCCGUUGCCAGGCCUUCUUUGGCAAAGACCGUUAGAUCGUGCGGGGGUCCUUAUUCACAAGAGAAAGCUAGCCUAGAAGACUAGCAAUUUUGGCGUUACUGUUGCUGGACCUUGUCUAUAUAUUGCGUCUGUGCAUGGACAGUGCCUCAGAACUCACUCAGAAAUAUAAAGUAUUAGGAAGCCUGAAAGUUCUGAGUCUCAACUUGGUGAUCUUUCCCUUUGUCCCGUGGCCUUCCUAAACCGGCUGUUAACCUGUCAAUUCCUUCUACUGUCCCCAAGUAGGCGGACAGCAGAGCUGAUGACUCUCGUAGAAAGGAGCCUGGCUCCUUGGAGCUCCGUGGCCUCCCAGGAUUACCCACACCGCCUGGAAGCAGACUGUCUGUUUACAGCUCCUUUAAGAAGGCUCUGCCUCUGCCACCCCCGUGGCGUCGGUCCCGGUGACUCUUGGGCACUAUGGUCGGGUGUCCGGGGAGAGCGACGCAGCCCAGCCCAGGUAGCCGCCGCCUCGGGUGCAGGGGGGCUCCGGGCGACCCAGCCACCGCGGACGCUUCAGUCAGAUCCAGCUGAACCACCACUCUGGUUUUGACGUGAUGCCGAUUUUGUCUUAAAAUUCACUGAGGAAACAGAAUAUUUUUUUAAAGCCUCAGCAGCACCUGAGCAAAUAUUUAUCAGUAUUUAAGUACUUAAGGUACCUGUUGUCUCUACUUGAAGCUUUAACCCCUUCUGUUCCUGCAAGCGUGCCUUGACAGCCCGCCCCGCCACAUUGAGUCACUGGCCACCACGUUGACUGCGUGAGAGUUUUAGUCUCUUCCUUCCCUUCUGAACAGAGCUUCCUGUCCCCUCAUUUUGCAGGCUGUGCAGCAGAGAGGGCUCUGUAUUUUUGCUCAUAUUUCCGCCCUGCUUCUAUGCUUUGGCGGUGGGUUCCAAAAACCACCCCCUCCCCACUGUACCCACCCCACUUUUUGGGGAGCACAAAUUUGAUGUCAGAACAAGCUUAACUUUUAGUUGUAAAGCAAUCCUGGGUUUACUUUCCUCCCAGUCCUCUACAGAUUGAUUUGGUUUUAACAUUUGAGUUUAAUAUCAAGAGCUGAAACCAUGAACUAUCCUAGGAACCAUGCUGAAACUCUUUAAAAGAAGAAGAGGAAGAAGGAAGAAAAGCAACUCAAGUCUUGACUUCGGAGGACAGAAAGCCACCAAUUGAUGGAGAACAAGGGGAUGCUUCCCUUCCGUUUCACUUGGUCUUUCUGGGUUUCCUUCUUUUCGCUUCUUUCCUUCCCAUUCAGAGUGACAUUCCCGGCUGGCUGGUUGGCCGGUCUGUCCUUGUCCUUGUGGUCCUGGCACGGUGACAUGCCCUGCUUUGCACUAUCUGCGGUCUCUUACCAGCGCACAAGUCAGUGGGGGGAUCUGAACACACCCGGGGCAAGGCAGCCAGACUUCAGGCCCGCACCCCAGGCGGCCUCCCCGUGAGCCGCAGAGGCACGUUCUGCAGGGUGGCUCCCUCCCCCGUGUUCAUUGUCAGAUGGAAGCGCCCCUUAGGCGCUGGCGCUGCCCUGCUCUCUGCUCCCUCUCUCCCCUCCCACAACCAGGGUUGCCGUCAGCGCACACGUGCUGUGCCCUGACGAAGCUGGUGCUGUCAGUGACAUUUCCCACGCGACUCAGGGGUCCUGGGUGGCUUACCCUGAGAUGAUCACUGUAGGCACGUAACAGUGUAGGAAUGAAAAGUGGAUUUGAUUUCAUUGAUAUUUAAAUCUCUUGUCGAUUUUAUUUUUUGUUAAUGUUUCCCCCCGAUGACUUUUUAGCAAUUUAACAAAUAAAACAAAAUGGACCGAA